AUGCCAACCGUCUACGGCGCAGCGGCAGCAGCCAAGGUUACAUCUGAAGCAACAAGCACACCAGAGACCAUACAGCUUGCCAUAGGCGCGUGCAUGGACAAGCUACUGCGAUAUUCGGAGUACUUCGCGCACUUCAAGUCCCUCGACUUCAAAGAAGACGGAAACUUCCACAUCGAGAUGAAUUCGGACCGCGUCCCUUGUAGUUACUGCGAGAAAUGGCUCCCGUCCGCCGAUGCCCUGCGUGAGCACGAUAAGAUACACAAGCUUGAGGCCGAGCACCAGGAAAAGAUGUACAAGAGUCGGAAGUGA